UUUCCAGUUUUUCAUGAAAACCCACACACCUCCUGUCUGAGGGCUGGGCGAAGGGAUUGAGGAGUAAAGGUUCACGGAUUUUUUCCCAGAAGAAACUAAUUAACUUUUUCCUCACUUAUGGCAAUACAAAAAUAAAUAAAUAUUUUGGAUUGAGGAAAGGAAAGAGUCUUGAAACAAGUUGCCCGAUUUGUUCACAGCGGUGGGCACCGAACAUGGAUAUACAAAGGUGGUCAUCAAGGUGGAAAACGAAAAAGUGGCUGUGGAAUUGCUAUGUACCGACUUUCAUCACUAUAACGUUCGUCCUACAAGCGGCAAAUGUGAGAGCGGCAGAACCAGUGGAUGUGCUCAAGAUUUUAGACUUUCACAGCUCUCCGGGCGGAGUGAAGCAAACGCAGGGAUUCUGCGCCAUACGCAGGGGAUCCAAGCCAGACGUAGCCUACAGAGUGGGGAAGCAGGCCCAGCUUAGCACACCCACUAAGCAGCUCUUCCCAGAUGGAGUAUUUCCUGAGGAUUUCUCCAUCCUUAUGACUAUCAAGCCCAAGGUUGGAAUCCAGGCCUUCCUGCUGUCUGUUUACAAUGAGCAGGGAAUCCAGCAGUUAGGUGUGGAGGUUGGUCGCACCCCAGUCUUUCUUUAUGAGGACCAGCAUGGGAAGCCUGCACCCGAGGACUACCCCUUGUUCCGAACCAUCAAUUUAGCGGAUGGCAAAUGGCAUCGUGUGGCAAUCAGUGUAGAGAAGAAGACUGUCACAAUGAUCAUUGACUGUAAGAAAAAGGUCUCUAAGCCGCUGAGCAGAAGCAACAAUGCAGUUAUCAAUACAGACGGCAUCACAGUCUUUGGCACAAGGAUCCUGGAUGAGGAGGUCUUUGAGGGAGAUAUCCAGCAGCUGCUGCUGGUGGGGGACCCCCGCGCCGCAUACGAGUACUGCGAACACUACAGCCCUGACUGCGAAACACCACACCAGGAACAGCCACAGGCGCAGGAGCCCGAGGACGAGUACAACACUGAGUACACUGAUUAUGAGGAAUUCUAUGACUACACAGAAGGAGAGCUCGCCACCACUGAGGCGCCUGCUAAAGAGGCCAGCGAGGACACCAAGCCUAGCACUGCUGAUGCUGAGUACUACACUGAGCAUGAGGUGGACUACGGCACCGUGGAUGGAUCACAGCCUGAAAGCCCCACCUCCUCAUCUGUAGCAUCUGAGAAUCUAGUCUAUGGCGAGGAAAUUGUGGACGAUUAUAUCACUGGAAUGGAGCAAGUGGGUGCAGACCCCACCGACACCACAGUUGCCACGGAUGAUGCUCUGGAAACAGUAGAGGCCAAAGGCACACCCAGCCCAGAGGUGGUGGACUUCAAGGAGUAUGACCUGAGCGAGUAUGAGGUCAAGGAGCUGGACCCGAGUCACUACGACGAUAGUUUCUAUGACUACACCACGAAUGGGGCCAAGUUCACCUCCACCUAUGAAGAUGAGAUUGGCCCUGCUGUACCAGCCAAGACAGACAGUACUGAGAGCAAUGUGGCGGGUGGAUAUGGUGGUGAGAAGGGGGAGAAAGGAGAGCCUGCUGUUAUAGAGCCAGGGAUGCUUAUAGAGGGGCCCCAAGGACCUCCAGGUCCUGCCGGUCUUCCAGGAUCUCCCGGUGUCCAGGGUGCUCCAGGCCUUCGUGGAGAUCCAGGCAACAGAGGUCCUGCUGGCCGCCCGGGUCUGCCUGGUGCUGAUGGAGCUCCAGGGCCGUCUGGCACUGUCAUCAUGCUGCCGUUCCGAGCAGGCGGUGAGGCAUCCAAAGGCCCCGUGGUGACAGCCCAAGAGGCCCAGGCCCAGGCUAUCCUUGCCCAGGCCAGGCUUGCUAUGAGAGGUCCGCCUGGUCCUAUGGGAUUGACAGGAAGGGCCGGUCCAGUGGGUAGUCCUGGAUCACCUGGUCUUAAAGGUGACAGUGGUGAUUCUGGCCCUGCGGGCCCAAGAGGCCUACAGGGCCCCACAGGGCCACCUGGCAAAUCUGGAAAGAGGGGCCGUCCCGGAGCUGACGGUGCCAGAGGAAUGCCUGGCGAGGCAGGUGCCAAGGGUGACCGAGGGUUUGAUGGGCUCCCUGGUCUACCUGGUGAGAAGGGACAUAGGGGAGAACAAGGGCCCAUCGGUCCACCAGGGGCACCGGGAGAGGACGGACCAAGAGGCGAGGACGGCGAGAUCGGACUAAGGGGACUUCCAGGAGAUAGUGGUCCCAGAGGGCUGCUUGGGCCCCGUGGAUCCCCAGGAGCCCCUGGACAGCGCGGGCUAUCUGGACUGGAUGGCCCUGCUGGUCCUAAAGGAAACAUGGGGCCGCAAGGUGAACCAGGACCUCCUGGCCAGCAGGGCAACCCUGGCCCGCAGGGUUUGCUGGGUCCUCAAGGCCCAAUUGGUCCUCCUGGAGAAAAAGGGCCGUCUGGAAAACAAGGGCUGGCUGGUUUAGGAGGAGCUGAUGGUCCUCCAGGUCAUCCUGGGAAAGAGGGCCCUCCUGGAGAGAAAGGAGCCGCAGGUCAUCCAGGACCUCAGGGUUCUAUUGGUUACCCUGGCCCACGAGGAGUGAAGGGUGCCGAGGGUGUCCGCGGCCUGAAAGGAAACAAGGGAGAGAAGGGUGAGGAUGGUUUCCCAGGCUUCAAAGGUGAUAUGGGCCUCAAGGGAGACAAGGGGGAGCUUGGUGUGAUCGGCCCCAGAGGAGAGGACGGCCCUGAGGGGCCAAAAGGAAAGUCGGGUCCCUCUGGAGAGACUGGCCCAGUGGGCCUCGCUGGAGAGAAGGGGAAACUUGGUGUUCCUGGAUUACCUGGCUAUCCAGGACGGCUGGGUCCUAAGGGCUCCACUGGAUUCCCUGGCUUUCCUGGAGCCAACGGAGAGAAGGGAACACGGGGUACUGCUGGUAAAGCAGGUCCAAGAGGGCAACGUGGCCCGACGGGUCCUCGUGGAGGUAGAGGAGCCAGGGGCCCAACGGGAAAACCAGGGCCAAAGGGCACUUCAGGGAAUGAUGGACCUCCAGGUGGUCCUGGAGAAAGAGGGCCUCAAGGGCCACAGGGGCCUGUUGGAAUGCCAGGGCCUAAGGGCCCACCUGGCCCCCCUGGAAAGGAUGGUUUGCCUGGUCACCCAGGACAACGAGGGGAGACUGGUUUCCAAGGAAAGACUGGCCCUCCAGGCCCUGGAGGUGUUGUAGGCCCACAGGGAUCUACUGGAGAGACCGGCCCUGUUGGUGAGAGAGGUCAUCCAGGAUCACCAGGUCCCCCUGGAGAGCAAGGUCUUCCUGGAGCUGCUGGCAAAGAGGGUGGAAAGGGUGACCCAGGUCCACAGGGCCAGUCUGGAAAGGUGGGCCCUGCCGGGCUGAGAGGUUUUGCAGGGCAGAGGGGCCUUCCUGGCACACCGGGUCUGGGUGGUCUGAAGGGCGGUGAGGGGCCACAGGGCCCACAAGGCCCCAUCGGGUCUCCUGGCGAGAGAGGGCCCGCGGGACACGGUGGCCCCAUCGGACUGACAGGACGCAAUGGCCCCCAAGGGCCUCCAGGUCCUGCUGGGGAGAAGGGUGGCCCAGGUGAGAAGGGCCCUGCUGGACCAGCUGGACGUGAUGGAAUCCAGGGCCCUGUUGGAUUGCCUGGAGCCGCUGGACCUCAGGGCCCACCUGGAGAGGAUGGCGACAAAGGAGAAGUUGGAGAACCAGGUCAAAAAGGGAGCAAGGGAGACAAGGGGGAGCAUGGUCCCCCUGGUCCAGGUGGGCUCCAGGGUCCAGUAGGUGCUCCAGGUCCUGCUGGCAGUGACGGAGAGCCAGGGCCCAGAGGACAACAGGGCAUGUUUGGCCAGAAGGGAGACGAAGGAGCGCGAGGUUUCCCUGGACUUCCAGGACCCAUUGGGCUACAGGGAUUACCAGGACCACCAGGGGAGAAGGGUGAGACCGGCGACGUUGGCGCUAUGGGUCCGCCUGGUCCGCCUGGCCCCCGAGGCCCUCAGGGGCCCAGCGGAGCUGAUGGUGCUCCAGGACCUCCUGGUGGUAUUGGAGCAAUGGGUGGAAAUGGAGAGAAGGGUGAGACUGGCGAGGCGGGCAACCCGGGGCCUCCUGGAGAGCCUGGUCUAGUGGGCCCCAAAGGUGAGUUUGGUGAAAAGGGAGAGGCAGGGCCGCCUGGUGCUGCUGGACCCGCGGGUGCCCGAGGACCUCCCGGAGAUGACGGCCCCAAAGGAAACCCAGGACCUGUUGGCUUCCCUGGAGACCCAGGUCCUCCUGGUGAGCCUGGUGUGGCUGGACUUGACGGCCUUCCUGGAGACAAAGGGGACGAUGGAGAAGCUGGACAGCCUGGUCCCCCAGGCCCGUCUGGAGAAGCCGGCCCUCCAGGACCUCCUGGGAAGAGAGGUCCUGUUGGACGAGCUGGAACUGAGGGCAAGCAAGGAGAAAAAGGUUCAAAGGGUGAGGCAGGUGCUGAAGGACCAGUGGGCAAAACAGGGCCUGUUGGCCCUCAAGGACCCCCUGGAAAGUCUGGUGCUGAGGGUCUAAGAGGUAUUCCUGGCCCUGUGGGAGAGCAAGGACUUCCUGGUGCCGCUGGUCAAGAUGGUCCCCCUGGACCACUGGGCCCUCCCGGUCUGCCAGGUUUGAAAGGCGACCCUGGAACUAAGGGUGAAAAGGGUCAUCCAGGUCUGAUUGGUCUGAUCGGGCCACCCGGUGAGCCUGGAGAGAAAGGAGACAGAGGCCUGCCUGGACCUCAGGGAACACAUGGAGGAAAGGGUGAUACUGGUAUUGUUGGGUCUUCUGGUCCUGUUGGUCCUCCUGGUCCUCCUGGUAUUCCUGGUACACAAGGACAAAAAGGGUCCAAAGGUUCAACUGGACCAUCUGGUCAAAAGGGAGAACCUGGUAUAAUUGGUCCCCCUGGUCCUUCUGGUCCACCUGGAGACAUCAUCCAGCCCCUGCCCAUUAUGAUGUCAAAGAAGUCGAGGAGGUCACCCGAUGAACAAGCUGAUGAGCCAGCUGGCAUGACAGACUAUGCCAUGGAUGGCAUGGAAGACAUGGAGGAUAUCUUUGGCUCCCUCAACAAUCUCAAGCUGGACAUUGAACGCAUGAAGUUCCCACUGGGCACCCAAGACAAUCCUGCCCGGACAUGCAAGGACCUGGAGCUCAGUCAGCCAGACUUCCCUGAUGGGGAGUACUGGAUCGAUCCUAACAUGGGUUGCACAGGAGAUACCUUCAAAGUCUACUGCAACUUUACUGCAGGGGGAGAAACCUGCAUAUACCCUGAUAAGAAAUCUGCAGGGGUUAGAAUAUCCAACUGGCCAAAGGAGAGUCCAGGAUCUUGGUUCAGUGAAUUCAAGCGUGGUAAAAUACUUUCCUACGUGGACUUGGAGGAGAGUUCCAUUAACUCAGUGCAAAUGACGUUCCUCAAGCUGCUCAGCUCCUCUGCGAGGCAGAAUUUCACCUACAUCUGCCACCAAUCCGUGGCAUGGUAUGAUGCCAAGAGUGCCAGCUACAACAAGGCACUUCGCUUUCUGGGUUCUAAUGACGAAGAGAUGUCGUAUGACAACAACCCCUUUAUCAAGGCCCUCUCUGAUGGAUGUUCGAUGAAGCAGGGCUACUCCAAGACCGUGGUGCAGAUUAACACUCCACGCAUUGAUCAGGUACCCAUCAUCGAUGUCAUGUUGAAUGACUUUGGGGAUACAAACCAGAGGUUUGGUUUCGAGGUAGGCCCUGUCUGCUUCCUUGGCUAAAAGGCUUCUGUGGGCCUCAGGUCAGGAUGGGUCAAGGAGUGUGGACAUCUGCCAUUGCCUCCUUGCACCAUAAACACCCACACACAUUUUUGUUGGCUAAUACCAGCGCAUGCACUGUGUAAACAUCAAGGGACUUAUUUCUUGCCCUCGUGGGACCUUAAUGAGAUGACUGACACCUGCUAUUGGAGAAAAGACAUGAACCGACUGGUGAACUGUGGUGCACUUUCAACGCAAAAAUGGAGGACCUCUUCUUUACAACACCAUCCCUCCAUCCUACCCCAUCAAGCCUAGAACCUACCAGUCUCAAUCCCACCAUUAAUUUAAUGCGUAACCCCAAUUUUAGAGCCAAACAGAUAAUUUCCUACCCUAAACACAAUCCCAAUCUUCAUCUCACUCCCUAUCUCACUAUCCAUUGUGGUUCCUCCAGGUGCAUUUCUCAUAAAAUAACAACAAUGUUGUGCUGUCCUCUGAAAUAUCCAAUAACUUAAGGUGCUAGGGAAAGUGCAUUUUGACAUAACUGUAAUUAUUAUUUUGUACAAUACUGUUCUUUCCAAAUUAGCUUUCUAAAUCUUGCAUGUGUAUCAGAAAUGCAUCUGACUCUUUAAUUUGAUGAAAUUUUGGUAACUAUGCAAACCUUUUCUCUAGAUAUCUAUUUUUGUUUGUUUUUAAUGUUUACGUUUAAUCUUGAAACAAUUGUCCUUGACAUCACUCAAAUAAAAUCAGCGUUCAAAAGCAUUCCUAUUUGUAAUUAUAAUACAGAAAUUUUGUAAAUAUGAUCCACUUUAAGAAAAUAUGAGUUUCAGUUCGUUUAUAAAUUUCCCUUUUCAGCUAGUUAAUCAUUUAAAAGGAUUAUGAAGAAAAUAACUCAAAUGAAGUCAUAGAACUCAUUUUGUAAUGAUGUAAUGCCGAUUUUGUUUCUUCUUCCCACUAAUGUGUGUGUUUAUUACGUGGUAGCAGUGAUGCUGUGGUAAUCUUAAUUAUUAUAUAAUGCAAAAGUGAUUUGAUGGGAAUGCCUAUAAACUGAUCACCUUGAUGGUAUACCUCAAUAUUUUGAAUUAAGUGUCAGAUGCAAGAAAGAACUAUGUUCAACCCUGUAUAUACCUUGGUUGCACAGUUAAGUUUAUAUAUUUGGGGAUGGGAGUUAAGUGGAACAAAAAAUAUAUAUACUAAAAACCCAUUGUUCAGCUCAAUUUCCCUAACUACCCCCUCUUAGAUAUCAUGUGACUAAAAUUGGAACAAGAUGCUUUUCAACAAUUCAUCAGCAUUAAAACUGGAUUGAAAACUGCGUUGUAUUAGAUGUUAAUUGUGUGUAUGAAGUACUCUAUGUAUGAAGUAUAUUUCUAUGAUCCAGUCAGCCUUGAAUUUGUUUUGUUUGCUGUACUUGUAUUGCAUCAUCGAAAACUUUAUUACAUUCUUGCACUUCAUAUUUAAGCUUCUGUGGUACGAUGUGUUCAGAUCAUGUGGUUUUUAACUUGAAAGCCUACAGCCAUUUGUUUUCUUUUGUCUCCAACAUCUCCUGUUCAUCUGUAUAUGUCCCCCAGUCCCCUCCAAGUACCUGACAAUAGACUUUCGAAAUUUACACAUUUGUGUAAUUUUGCCUAUAAUUUAUGUAAAACGUGGAAUAAAUGAUUGGUACAAAGUAGGUAGUUUCUAUUCAA